AUGGCGACUGGGUGUGUUGGGCGUGGAGGUUGUCGACGAGAUGAGAAUCUAAAGAAAACCGUAAAAGCGGUUUGUGUGUGGGCUCCACAAUCACGGGACCGUGGCCGCCGGUCAGGUGACUCUGAAGCGAAGCGAGAGGGUCAGGUGAUCAACGGUCGACAGAUAUGGGGUCGACCCGAUAAGGGCGGUGGAGGAGGCCAAAAAAAAUACGUGGAUGAGUCAGCGGCUCCCAGUUGGGAACUUCAAAGUCUAGACAACGCGCCAAAGCAGAGCUCUAGCUUCUCCACGAAUUCUCGUAACCCCCAUCGCGCGAUCCCGUCCAGCAAAUAA